UCUGCCUUCUAACAACCGCAUUUCAUUCCACCUGCUUUCCACGUUCCUCCAUGUCUGAAGAAGAAAUUAUAUACGCUGAUCUAAACUUCCAGAACUCGGGAAAGACGGAGAAGAUCCAGGAGUUGGAUCAAGUGAAGACAAAAGCGCCUCCGGUGUCUUCCCAUGUGUGGGUUAGAGCAGCUUUGGGUCUGACUCUCCUCUUCCUUCUACUGUUCUUCGUUGGACUAGGAAUCUUGGGGGGCCUGAUUUAUAAAAAGCAAAAUGUCCAAGAAGAACGUCAGACAAAGGUGUUUCUACAACAAGUGGAUAACGUCAAUUGUUCUGAGAAGAUCCAGAACGUCUCUAUGGCCCUGCAAACCCUGGCCACCCGGCUGUGUCUGGAGCUCCAGGAAAAAGAGCCAGGGCACAAAUGUAAACCUUGUCCACAGGAUUGGAAAUGGCACGCAAAUAGAUGUUAUCUUCUACAUCAUAAUUACACCACGUGGCAAAAGAGUGAACAGUUCUGUGCUGACCGCAAUGCCAGCCUGCUGAAGAUUAACAACAAGGAUGCACUGGAGUUUGUAAAGUCCCGGCAAUUAUACAGCUAUUGGCUUGGAGCAUCUCCUAGACAAGAUAGCAAAUAC